AUGGCUAAAGAUAGAGAAGAACAAAGCAAUGAGAAACCUUCAUACUUCAAGAAUAUGUCAUUCCCGUUCAAUACCAUUUUCUUGAUCUCAAACGCAAUCUUCCUCGUCACAUCCACUUUCUGGUUUAUCACCGUCGUAAUGUUACAUUACAGAACCGAUGAGUGUAACCGGUUCGUCACAGCCCCAGGAAUCUUCGUAAGCUUCUCAUUUCUCGUCAUGGCCCUCACUGGAUUAUGCGCAUCUUACUUCAAAUCGGAUUGUCUCUUCCGAAUUCACUUCUUUAUCUUCUUCUUGUGGAUGUUCGUGGUCGUGGCCAAAGCCGUCUUUUUCAUUUUUCUAGAAAAAGAGAUCAAUCCUAGGUUGUUUCCUGGUACCAAGAUCCAAGAAUAUAGGUUCGAGGAUUACUCAGGAUGGGUUCGUAGAUUGGUCGUCAAAGACGAUGAAUGGUACCGUACUAGGAGAUGUCUUGUUAAGGACCAUGUUUGUAACGAGUUAAACCAAAACAUGACAGCUUCUCAGUUUUACCAGAUGAAUCUAACUCCUAUACAGUCGGGUUGCUGCAAGCCACCACUUUCAUGUGGAUAUAAGUACGAGCAACCAACUAUUUGGACAGGUUUAAGAUAUUAUAACAAUUUAGAAGAUGAUUGCAAGAGAUGGAACAAUUCUGCUGAUACGUUAUGCUUGGAUUGCGAUUCGUGUAAGGCUGUGAUUAUUGCAGAUUUACAACAUAAUUCAUUUUCAGUCACAAUGAACGUUCUUCAUGUUAUCUUUAGUCUAUCCAUAGGAAUCACCGGUUGGUUUUCCUGGUUAAGGAUCCUUGGAGAAACUCAGAAAUAG